AUUAAUUCAUUCAACAACUCUAGGUCGUGGAGUCUUUGGUCUACAUAGGCUGCAGGCUGAAUUAAUUAAACACAAGUCUUCUCUCCAAUUUCCCAUUAUUUGAUCUACAAUUUAGAGAAGUUGCUCUAUAAUUUAGAGAAGUUGCUACAACUACAAAUCAAAAAACCCUCUGCAGAGAAAGGAAAAAGGCUCUCGAAUUAGCAUGGCAGCUGGGGAAGAGGUGAAGCUGUUGGGCGGUUGGUUCAGUCCAUUUUCUCACAGGGUGGAACUGGCAUUAAAGCUUAAGGGAAUUCCACAUCAGGUUUUACAGGAAGAUUUAUCCAACAAGAGCCCUCUGCUUCUCAAGAACAAUCCUGUCUACGAGAAAAUCCCUGUCCUUAUUCAUAAUCAGAAACCCAUUUCUGAAUCCUUUGUCAUUCUUGAGUACAUUGAUGAGACUUGGAAACGCAACCCUUUAUUACCUCAGGAUCCUCACGACAAGGCCUUGGCUCGCUUCUGGGCUAGCUUCAUAGAUGACAAGCUUGCGGAAGCUGUAAGGAGAACUAUAACUACCCAAGGAGAGCAACAGCAGCAGGAUGUGAAGAAAGCAACGGAAGCCUUGGAAAUUCUUGAAGGAGAGCUCAAGAUCAAGGGAAAAAGAUUCUUUGGAGGUGAAACGCUAGGAAUUGUUGAUAUAAUGCUGGGUUGGAUCAGCAUAUGGCUUGGAGUAAUUGAGGAAUUUGCUGGUGUCCAGGUAAUUGACCCUGAAAACUUUCCUGUCAUAGAAAAAUGGAAGCGGGAUUUUCUCCAGGUUCCUGCUGUCAAAGAAUCCUUGCCUCAGAGGGACCUUUUGGUGGGAUACUUUGAGAAUUUUCGCAGAUUUAAACUAGCUUCUGUUCCAGCACCUGGAAAUUAAGUGUGUAUGCAGAUUAUUUCUGCUUAGUUUCUGUAUUGGAAUGAGCUAAUGAGUUUCCAAGUUGGGAUUGGUGAUUUAUUUUAAUAAAUAAUUCAUCUGGCCUUGUGGAAAUUGUUGUAUUGAUUUCAAAAGAGAUCGAGAGAGAAGUUAUUUCA